AUGGCCUCUAAAUUGCCAAUUAUUACAAAAGAAAAUAGCAACUUUUUUCGAUUGUGCAAGCUACUGAUCGAUGGAGGAACCCAUGCCCUUAAAGUCAUUUUUGAUGGUAAACAUCCACCUCACGAUCUGAAGAAGCAUUUGAGCGACAGCAAGAGGCAUAAUAUCUUAAAGAAUUUGAAGGCUAAAAAACUUCUACGACCAGAGCAGUGGAAAAAACUGUACCCAAGUGUAGGAUCAGCCACAUCUGCAGGUUUUGACAUAACUCUUUUAAGUUUGCUGUUGCGCAAUAUCUGCAAUUUGCCAACACCUGCCAAUGGAUGGGACAAGGAGCCUGCAGCAACCAGUGUUAACGAGGAAGAUGAUGUAGUAAGGCUGAGAUUAUACCGUAAUAAUCUCUAUGGUCACAUCUCUGAACCAGCUCUAUCAGAUGCUGAUUUCAACAAGUACUGGAACGACAUUGAAACUGUUUUGUUAAGACAUGGUGUAGACAAGACAGCCAUUGAUAGUCUUAAGACACAAUCCUUCGAACCAGAAGAUGAAGACUACUACAUCAAAUGCUUAAAAGAAUGGAUCACUGAUGAGGCUGAUAGAGUAAUCAAUGCAGUAAAGAGGGUGCUUGAAGAAAUUGAAAACGUAAAGGACAAGCUGGACGAACUAAAACUGGAGCCUUCAAAACCGCCGGCUACAGAUGAAGAUAUGAAAUUAUACUCCGAAAAUCUCAAGAAAACCAUAAUAAAGCAAACAGAACUAAACCUACAGCCGAAAGAAAUAAAACAAGAAAUGAAAACUGAUGAUAUUUUUACGAACUUGAUUGUUCAUCACGGGGAAAAAAGGCGCCCAGAAUCCGGCUUGCCAGAACAAAUUCAAAGUCCUCAAAAAGGUUACCCUGGACGUAAAACACUGACCGAAAUCAAGCAAUGUAGUAAGAUUUUUGUCGACGAGGACGAAAAAGACACAACCGCCAAGAGAAUAUUACUUUCAGGUGAACCAGGCGUAGGGAAAACACUGUUCUCGCAGAAACUUCUUCGGGAUUUGGCUACAAAUUCCAUAUCGAUCCCUGGCAUUACGUUUACUUACCUUCUAACGUUUAGACAAUUGAACAACUUGCCAAACGAAACGUUGGACCUCAGAGAACUGCUGAAUCUUUCCCCUCUAUUAAACGAUGAAACCAUGAUAGACGAGAAUGUGAUGGAAUACAUUCUUCAGCAUUCAGAGCAGUUAUUGAUUGUUCUCGAUGGCUUUGACGAAUAUAAAGACAGCAACAAAAUACUCGGAGAUUUUGAAAGUCAAUUUCCUAAUGAUAGUAAAACCAAGAAGCCAGUAGCAGCUCUUCUAAGCAAACUAAUCAGAAAACAAAUCUUGCAAGAUGCUGUCAUCAUGAUUACCUCUAGGCUGGGCGAAGCCAUCGACUUGACCCAAAAAUUUUACUUUGAUCGCUAUGUCGAAAUAUCAGGUUUUUCAGAAUCGCAGGUUAUAGAGUAUGUCGAGAAAUAUUUCAGUACAAAACCAGAAGAAGUAAAAAACUUGGCACUUAGAAAGGUUAAAGAAAGCGUGCACUACAUUUCUUUUGGUCGCGUCCCUUUCCGUUGUUUGCUGAUGUGUAUUGUCAUCGAGUGGAAAAUAAAAAAACACGAUGAUUCAUGUCCUCUCACGCUUACAGAGUUAUUUUGUGAAGUAAUUCAAUGCAUAGAAGAGACUGAUUACAACAGAGCUGCAGAUGACAAAGCCUCUUCAGUGCGAAUUGACAAAACCCUCGAUAAUUUUUCAAAGUUAGCGGCACAGUUAGCUAAAGAUAAUCGAUUUAGUUUUACCUUGCAAGACUUAGAAAAUCUAGGAUUAACAAAAAAUGAAUCAUUGCACAUGAAAUCUAGCAGUCUUAUUAUAUUUUGUUAUCCUGUUUCUCAUAAUUCGCCAUUUAAAAAGCCAGCCUGUGAAUAUAGCUUCACGCACUUCACUAUUCAAGAGUUUUUUGUUGCUCGGUAUUUGGUGGAGAAAGGUGAAAUGCCGGGAGACAAAACCGGCACUGAAAUGGUGUACAUUUUUAUGAGCGGUUUGUUAGGUUCACGUAAAUUGAAGAAUAAGGAAUUAAUGGAAAAACUACUAGAGUGUUUAGGCAAACAUAUUAGAGAUAAAGAUAGACUGAGACUGGUGUCAUUAAGAUGCUUACAUGAGUUUGGUGAGGAAAGUUUGACAGGUGAACAACUGACUGCAAACCGUGACAGCAGAUACUGGCGUACUUAUGUGAGGAUUGAAUUACAUGGUGUAACCGACACUGACUGUGAUGCAAUCGCUAAGUUAGCAGAAUCCACUGCUACAUCGUCAUCAACAGCACGCGCAUUGAGUAUUGUCAACUCUUCCAUAACUGUUGGUGGGUUAGAGAAAUUGCUGAGAUCUCUUCAUGAUUCAAUCGACAUCGCUGCACUGAUACUUUGGGGCUGUGGUUUGGACGAUGAAUGCGCAAAGUGGUUGAGUACUGAAUAUUUUCAUGGAAACACAAAGAUAACCGAGCUAGACCUGUCCGCUAAUGAAAUAUCCAAUGACGGAGUGAUUGAUAUCAUGGAAAACUUGCCCAGUAAUCUCACCGUGCUAUACCUGUCUUGGAAUAAGAUAUCUGAUAAGGGAGUGGAACAUAUCAUGGAACACUUUCCCAAUCAACUGACCAAGCUACACCUUGGCAGUAACAACAUAUCUGAUGAAUGCAAAAAGAAAAUGAAACAAAUUUGUAAGAAAGAAAAUCCUGAUCUUAGGUUAGACAUAAGAUAAUUCAAUGUUUGUUGAAUAGUUGUAAUGAUUUCAUUACUGCAGCAUUGUAAACCAACCAACAAAAAUCACAUCAAAUUUUUUCUAUCAUUUUUUAGUUUUCCACAAUAUAUACAUAUUCUUUUGCAAGAAUGAGCUUUAAUGUUUCAAAAUGUAUAUUCUGUAUUCUGUAUGAUAGUUUUCAGUGACAUUUUGUAGGUGGUAGCAUUUUCAGUUUCACAGUUUCAGUAAAGCUGAAUGAGAGGACAUGAAAGACUUUCUUAUUGGUUAAUAUUAGUUCUUGGGUUUGGAAAGUUAGAAUAAUAAUCUUAAUUAUCCAUUUUAAUAAACUGCACAUAGUUAGAAUCAUAGCCCAAUAUAUAGUGUUUGCAAUUUCAUGAUAUUCUGGCAAUAA